UUUUACAAAAGUUAUCCUGCCUUGUGCCAUUGCUCGCCAGAUAAAGCGUCUAAAUAGAACGCUAGAUGUUAUUUGUAUGGAAAAAAAUAUGUUUGGCUUCAGUUUGACAGAACGCACUAUAGAAAUAAGACCACCAAUGACUACAUCUUUUAAUGAUGUAUCUAUGGUUCAUGGAAGAGAAGCUGUUAAGGAGGAGUUAUUAAACAGGUUAUUGAAUGAGAGUAGUCAAGAGCCAGCCAUCUCUAUUGUUUCUAUUGUAGGGAUGGGUGGGAUCGGUAAAACUACUCUUGCUCGAUUAGUUUUUAAUAUUGAUAAGGUGAAAACCCAUUUUGACAACAAAAUAUGGGUAUGUGUCUCGGAGCCUUUUGAUGAGAUUAGGAUUUCAAAAGCAAUCCUUGAAUCUCUUGGAGAUGAUGCAUCAAAACUAGCUGGACUGGAAACUAUAUUGCAACAUAUAAGUCAAUAUCUUGAUAGGAAGAAGUUUUUUCUUGUCCUAGAUGAUGUAUGGACUGAAGAUUCCAAAAAUUGGGAACAAAUAAAAGAUUGUUUAAAGUGUGGCUCUCAAGGAAGUAGAAAUCUAGUUACCACACGUAAGGAAAAUGCUUCAAAAACUAUAGGAGCCACCAGCAUGAUCAUGUUAGGGACAUUAUCAAAAAAUGAGUCGUGGUCGUUAUUUAGACAAAUUGCAUUUUCAGGUGAUGCCGAUGAAAAAUUAGAAGAUAUUGGUAGAAAAAUUGUGGCCAAAUGCAAGGGCUUACCUCUUUCUAUAAAAACCUUAGGAAGCCUCUUGCGUUUCAAAACAAAUAGUGGAGAGUGGCAAAGUGUUCUACACAGUGAAAUGUGGGAAAUAGAAGAGGUAGAAAGAAGGAUUUUUCCACCUUUACUAGUAAGCUAUUAUGAUUUGCCUUCUACAUUGAAAAAAUGCUUCUCAUAUUGUGCUAUCUUUCCAAAAAAUCAUGAGAUAGAAAAAGAUGAAUUAAUUAAAUUAUGGAUGGCUCAAAGUUAUCUUAAGGAUGAGCGAAACAAGGACAUGGAAUUAAUUGGUGAGGAAUACUUUGAAAACUUAGCAAUGCGCUCUUUUUUUCAAGACUUCAAGAAAAAUAAAUAUGAUGGUAGCAUAGAAAGCUGUAAGAUGCAUGAUAUGGUGCAUGAUUUUGCUCAAUUUCUUACCAAAAAGGAAUGUUUUAUUGUAGAGGUUGAUAAUUACAAUGAGUCUCAAUUAAAGUCUUCUUUAAAAAAUGCUCAACAAUCAAUGAUAAUAGUUAGAGCAGAACGAGACUCAUUUCCUACAUGCAUUUGUAAUGAAAAUAAAUUGCGUAGUCUUUUGGUUAAGAGUCAAGAUCCGAGAAGCCAGUUGACUCAGGCCAAAUUAUUUGACAAUUCAAGUCUGCGAGCAUUACAAUUUAUUUCUCUAAGGAAUAUUCAAGAAAUCCCGAGAGAAAUAAAAAAGAUGAUACAUUUGAGGUAUCUUGAUUUAUCUUAUAAUGAGAAUUUAAAAGAAUUGCCGAAAGAAUUGUGUGAUUUAUAUAAUCUACAAACAUUAAACAUCGCCGAUUGCUAUAAACUAACAAAGUUACCUCAAGAGAUGGGAAAGUUAAUCAACUUGAGACAUUUGAUAAUUAAUCCUUUUAUAAUAGAAUACAUGCCAAAAGGAAAUGAAGAAUUAACUUGUCUUCGAACUUUGGAAAAUUUUGUAUUGAGUAGUAGUAGCCAUGGCGGUAAAGCAUGUAGUAUUGGAAGUUUGAAAAACUUGACAAAUCUUCGAUGUCUUGGUUUUUCGGGGUUGGGAAAUGUGGGAGAUGUGGAUGAAGUUAAGCGGGCAAACCUUAGGAAUAAGACAAACCUCCUCUCUUUAAUUUUAGACUUUGGAAAUGGGUCGUCUGAGAGGGAUGAAAUAAUUGUUGAGGCCUUGGAACCACCUCCAAAUUUAGUGAAAUUAUGUUUAGAGAAUUAUGGAGGUAAAACUAUAUGGCCAAAUUGGAUAGUAUCAUUAACUCAGUUGAAGGAGUUGAGACUUUUUAGAUGCUACAACUGUGAGUAUUUGUCUCCUUUAGGAAAAUUAUCAUCUCUUGAAUCACUCUUUAUAGGAAUGGUUUAUAGUGUAAAAAAAGUGGAGAAAGAAUUUUUGGGAAUAGAAAGUGAUGCCACUGCCAGAUCUUCUAUUGUCUUUCCCAAAUUAAAAAAUCUUGAGUUUAAUUAUAUGUAUGAAUGGAAAGAGUGGGAUGAUAUUACUUUGAAAGGAGAUGAAUUAGUUACUACAAUCAUGCCAUCUCUUCAUUACUUGAACAUUUCUUACGCCCCCUACUUAAAAAAGCUGCCCAAUUACAUUCUUCAAUCUCCAAAACUAAAACAAUUAGAGAUAGAGCAUUGCCCUAUUCUACGUCCACGUUACGAGAAGGGGAUAGGUGAAGAUUGGCACAAGAUCUCUCACAUUCCUGACGUCACCUUCUUCUCAUAGGUUUAUGCAUGCAAGGUGUUUAAAGAUGAAAUGGAUGAACCAAGGCUCGCGAUUCAGGGGACCCUAUGGAUAUUGCAUUCUAGCUUUCACUGAGAAUGACCUUUUAAAAUUAUUGAUGAAAAGAGCAAUGGACAGGAUGGAUGACGGCUUAUGUGGGAAAGUUUUUCCUGUGAAUGUUUUGGAUGCAUUUACGUUAUUCUUAGCUGUUUUAAGGUGGCAUAAUCCUCAUACGGCUUUCAAUGCUUUGGCCAUUAUUUCACAACCAAAGGCUUUUAUUGAAUCCUCAUGUCCAUUGGGCUACUAUAAACACUAUCAAAUACUUCUCCAAGCAUUUUAGGGACAAAUUUCUUGUCGGUUUUGUCAACAAGUGCUGGAUGUAUGCCCAAUAACUAUGAAUGAUUCCAGUUAGUGGUCAGUGAAUAGUGGAGAAUCUUGCUCAACUCAGCUUAUUGAUGAGGAUGGUACAUUUAAUAUUGCUGGAUUUAAGUACUUUAUUAAGGAUGUAAAAUUGGGUGAUUGUGGGCUUUCAUAUGCUGUAGUCUCCAUCAUGGGACCACAAAGUAGCGGGAAAGGCACACUGUUAAAUCAUUUGUUUGGUACUAACUUCGGGGAAAUGGAUGCAUUUAAAGGAAGGCAUCUUCUCUUGAUAUUCUCAUGGUACUUAAAAUUUUUGUUGAUGGAAGAUAAAAUGACUUAUAAAAUGUGGUUCUCUUCCGGUCUCAAACGACCCAAGGUAUAUGGUUAGAAAGAUGUGCUAGCAUUGAGCCUUGUACUUUUGUAAUGGACUUGGUGGGUACUGACAGAAGGGAAAGGGGAGAGGUAAUUUUGUUUGCCCAUAUUCUUUUUAACUUCAUCCCAUAUUAAUUAAUGUGAUUAUCCUGCAUGCACAUAUUUUCAGUUGUAUGAUCUGAAUUUAAAUAGCUCAGGUUCUGGGAUGUGGAAAUGAACUUUUGGUUUGAGAAGAUAACGAGAUAUAUAUUGCUUGCUGAAUUUUAUCUGGUUUUCCUCUCAAGAUGAUACUGCUUUUGAGAAGAAAAGUGCCCUCUUUGCCCUUGCUGUUUCAGAUAUAGUGCUCAUAAACAUGUAUGUUAUUGUAUCUGGCUAUAGAAGGGUGCACUAGUUUGAGUGUAUAGCUUUCUAUGUUACUUUCUUUUCAUUGGUCAGUUGGCCGUAUAUUGUAUUUUUGUACUCUUCUUAAAGCAUAUUAAUGUAGGUGGUGUCAAGACAUUGGCCGUGAGCAAGCUGCAAAUAAACCACUUUUAAAGACUGUAUUCCACGUAAUCCACGUCUGUAUACCCCUAUGGUAUUUGGCAUCAUAAAAAUUUUAAGUUUAUAAAUUGGUGGUGGAAUAUGCUUCCAGGUCAUGAUGUGAUUGUUUAGUCAGCGUAAAAUAACUUUGAUGUUUGUCGUACGUGGUAAAACACGGGUACACUCCUUUUUCUAUUGAAUUUUAUUCAGUAGCUUUAGAUAUCUCAAGUUGUUUGUUUAGGUAAUUUGAUUUUGUACUUGAUCAUUUUCAUUCACAGUGAGCUCUAAUUUAUAGUUGUCUGUUCUUUGUUGAUAGACACCAUUGGAAAAUUUAGAACCCACUCUAAGAAAAGAUAUUCAGAAGGUAUGGGAUUUUGUUCCUAAGCCACAAGAAAAUUACACAAUCUUGUCAAAGUAAUGAGGUUCAUUUUGAAUUUUACAUUUUACAUCUACACAUACUACCUCAUGUUAAGUUAUUUGGUUUAUCUUUUGGCUUUAUUGAAUAAAUAGGAUCAAAUUCCAUCUAAAGAAGAUGUUUCAUGGAGGACCAAAUUGUUAGAAACUCAUGGCCACCCCAAAAUUUAAGGUGGAGGAACAGAGUUUUAUUUCUACAAAAUGUGGUUUGCAUGCUUGAUUGAAUUAUGGCUUGUAUAGUUUUUCUAGCUGUUCCAUUCAACACUUUGAUUAUCUUCUUUCAUCUUGCCAGUCUUUGGCUCCAGUAUUAUGUGCUUGCUGAUUGCACGAAUUUAUAUUUAACCUUAGUUUUUCAUUCUCCUCGAAAGAUCGUUGUAAAUUCAGGGGACCAUUUCGAUACUGCUAUCAAAUGUUUUCUGAGUAAUGGAUAAAAUUUGAGAAGGCAGGGGAAUUUAAAAGAGGAUCAAAAUUGGAAACUAAUGACAAAAAUGAAGUGAAGGAUUGGAAGAUGGAGAUGAUAUAGCAAAGGUGAUGUGAUAUCAAAUAAUUCAACAGAAUGAACUGUUCUCAUAGACAUUGAAAUCUUUAAAUGGUUUGGCUGCAAGCAAGGUGGUGAAUCAAGUAUGUCACAUUUAGCACUGCUGCGGCUUGCGAAUAUAUACACUGUUAGUUCCAUCAUUGAAAGCAUAUAAAAGCAAGCUGGGCUUUGUUAAAAGUAUUGCCUCCUAAACAUAUGCAUCAUUAUGUUUAAGAUGGAACAUUUUUUUAUGGUAGAAGGAAGUCUUUGAAAGUGAUGAAGCCGUGGCUGUGACCAUCAAAAUGUUGUUGGCCAGGUGGUAAUGAAGUUGCUCAAACUCAUUUGAUAAUAUUGUAAUUCUUUAUUUAAGAAUGUUUUUAAGUACAAUUUGGGAAGAAAUUUAUUUUGUAAACAGGUUAGACUCUUUGUAUGGUAUGUGUUAGGGCUGUGCAAAAAAAUCCGAUAUCCGAUCCGGAUCCGAUCCGAAAAAACCGGAUAUCCGAAAAUUCAGAUCGGAUACGGAUCGUUAUUUUAAAAAAUCCGAAUAUUUGGAUCGGAUACCGGAUCGGGAAUCUUAAAAAUUCGGAUAUCCAAAUCCGAUCCGGAUUUUACAAAAUUAUGUCGUUUUGAGUGUAACAACUAACAAUAACCCUA